CCAGCCUGGAGGAUAAAAAGAGCAUGGAAACGGGCAGAGCCGUUAGUUUUCUACUUUGUUUGCUACGCUUUCCAGCUUACCAGGGAACUCUCUCUUGGGUGGUUCUCCAUCUCCUGGCACAAUGACCACCACCAUCAGGCAAUACACCUCCUCCUCCUCCAUGAAGGGACCCGUGAGUUUUGGUGGGGGCUCCUCUCGGCUGUCCUCUGUGCAACUUGGAGGGGGAUACCGAGCCCCGAGCAUCCAUAGUGGAUCUGGUGGCCUCUCCAUGUCUUCUACUCGUUAUGUCUCUGGGGUAGGCAGCUCCCUUGGUGGUGGCUAUGGGAGCAGCUAUUGCAGCAGCUUUGGUGGCGGCUUGGGUGGAGGCUUCGGGGGCAGCUUUGUCGUCGGUGGCGGGGAUGGCCUCCUGGCUGGGGGUGAGAAGGAGACCAUGCAGAACCUGAAUGACCGUCUGGCUGCCUACCUGGACAAAGUGCGUGCCUUGGAAGAGGCCAAUACUGAGCUGGAGGUGAAGAUCAGAGAGUGGCACAAGAAACAGGGACCCGGCCCGGAUCGCGACUACAGCCCGUAUUUCAGGACCAUUGAAGACUUGCAGAGCAAGAUUCUAGCUGCCACCAUUAGCAAUGCCAGCAUCGUUCUGCAGAUUGACAACGCCCGCCUGGCUGCAGAUGACUUCAGAACCAAAUUUGAGACAGAACAAGCUCUCCGUAUGAAUGUCGAAGCAGACAUCAAUGGUCUGCGCAGGGUCUUAGAUGAGCUGACCUUGUCCAGGGCAGAUCUUGAAAUGCAGAUUGAGAAUCUGAAAGAGGAACUGGCUUAUCUGAAGAAGAACCAUGAGGAGGAAAUGAACGUUCUCCGAAGCCAACUGGGUGGAGAAAUCACUGUGGAAAUGGAUGCUGCUCCGGGAGUGGACCUGACCAAGAUCUUGUCGGAGAUGCGCGAGCAGUAUGAAGCCUUGGCGGAGAAGAACCGCAAAGAUGCUGAGCACUGGUUCUUCACCAAGACCGAAGAGCUGAACCAUGAAGUUGCCACCAACACUGAACAGCUGCAGAGCGGCAAGACGGAGAUCACAGAACUGAGGCGCACCAUCCAAAGCCUGGAAAUAGAUCUCCAAGCUCAACUCAGCAUGAAAGCGGCACUGGAAGGCACCCUGGCCGAGACAGAAGCCCGCUACGGCACCCAGCUCUCCCAGAUCCAAGCUCUGAUCACCAGCGUGGAGGAGCAGCUGGCGGAACUGCGGUGUGACAUGGAGCGCCAGAACCACGAGUACAAGAUCCUUCUGGAUGUCAAGACCCGCCUGGAGCAGGAGAUCACCACCUACCGUCGCCUGCUAGAAGGAGAGGAUGCCCACAUCAGUUCCCAGUACAAUGCCGCUGUGUCACAAUCUGGGAGAGAUGUGACAAAGACCACACGCCAAGUCCGCAUGAUCGUCGAAGAGGUUGAAGACGGGAAAGUGGUCUCUUCUCGAGAGCAGGUCAAACAGUCUAGCUACUAGAAGGAACGGCUCUAUACUGCACCGCAGAUCACAACAGAGAGCGGCAAUCACAGCAACAGCUCCAGGCAUCCUGUACCGAGUAGUCCACAACAUGCAUAUGCAUGAAACCUUCGUAGAAGCACAGAGCCACCUGGUUCCGUUGCCUUCCCAGUGUUCUGCCUCAUCCUUCAUCCCUGUCGCAUACCUGUUAGCAACUAAUAAAGGCUUGUUUUCCCCA